UCAAAACCCUCCUAAACCCCACCCCCAAAACCGCCGAUCCAAUGCUGAUUCGCCGAGCAGCAAUCCAUCAUCUCCGGCGAUUCUCCACCGCCGCGCUCCUACAGGAAGUGGAGGCUCCUCCUAUAUUCACCUACCUGGAUGGAUUCCCCCGGCCCGACCCCAAGCACGACGAGACGAUCCUCGCAAUCCCUCGCGAUGCCUCCGGCAAGAGCAUCUCCGCCAAGGAGAGGAAGGCCGGCCGCGUUCCGAGCAUCGUCUUCGAGGCGGAGGACGGCCAGCACGGCGGCAACAAGCGCAUCAUUUCGGUUCAGAGCAAUCAGGUUAAGAAGCUCGUGAAUCAUCUAGGGCAGUCCUUUUUCCUCUCCAGGCUCUUUGAUCUGGAGGUCCGAUCGGAGUUUGGAUCCGGUGAGGUAGUCGAGAAAGUGCGCGUUCUGCCUCGGAAGCUCCAUCUUCAUCCGAGCUCAGAUGCUGUGCUUAAUGUUACGUUUAUAAGAGCUCCGUCUAGUGCUUGGUUAAAGGUUGAUGUUCCUCUAGUAUUUAGAGGAGAUGAUGUUUCCCCCGGGCUGAAGAAGGGGUCAUCUCUAAACAUUAUCAAGAGAACUGUUAAGUAUCUCUGCCCUGCUGAUAUAGUCCCUCCCUUCAUAGACGUUGAUUUAAGUGAGCUCGAUGUAGGCCAGAAAAUCGUUGCUGGGAACCUUAACGUCCAUCCUGCUCUCAAGUUGCUAAGAUCGAAGGAUGAAGCUGUUGUCAAGAUAAUGGGUGCCAGGGUCUCCGACCAACGAAAAUCCAAGUAAGCUGCGAGGCUCCUAAUUUCAUAUUUUGGUAGAAAAAUCUUUGAUGGUAAAAGAAUCCAAUAACUGUGUAAGGCCACGCCGCUGAUAUGAUCUUCCCAUCUUUGCGAUUAAGAAAAGUUGUGUUAGUUGAACUCUGUCUAGGAGCGAUAUUUUCUCUAAUCUUCAAAGAAAGCGUGUGGUGAUAUUGGAACCCCAA